CAACAACUUAACACCAGCGCCGGCAAGCACACCUACAAUUCGAAUUUGUCUAAGUACGGUCAUUGGGUGUCGUCGAAAUGGCGAGUAAAGGCAUGAGAGGCCUCAACGAGGCUUUAAGGAGCUUAAGCAUAUCUUCACAGACAUGCCGGGAAGCCGUCUCACAUCGAAUACCAUCAUCGACAUUCACAAGAACAAUGGCGACCGAGGUCCCUCUACCUAAGAUCACCGCCACGGUAGACCCAGACUCCAGCUAUAAGCCAGUAACCACCGUGCCCCUCACCAUCUUCAACUUCCCCUCCUUCGAGCCCGCGCGCCUCGAGUCCUGGUCCGCGAAGCACCUGCACGUGCCGCUACGGCGCGACAUCCUACAUCUAGCCGUAGUCUACGAGGGCGACAACGCGCGGCAGGGUACCGCAUCAAGCAAAAACCGGUGGGAGGUAGCGGGCUCGCACCGGAAGAUAGGACCGCAGAAAGGCACGGGCAGGGCGCGGCGCGGGUCGCGGCAGUCGCCUCUGAUGAAGGGCGGCGGGAAAACGUUCGGGCCGAAGCCGCGCGACUUCGGGACGCGGAUCACGCGCAAGGUGUACGACCUGGCGUGGCGAACGGCGCUGAGCUACCGGUACCGGCGCGGCGAGCUCGUCGUGUGCGCCGACGGCGUCGAGCUGCCCUUCCCGGACGAGUACGCGGCGCUCGUCGAGGCCAACGCGCUCGACGACGAGCUCGGCCGCGACUUCCGCGUCAAGUGGGUGCGCCAGGUGCUCGACGCCAACGACUGGGGCCGCCGCGCCGGCAGGAGCACCUUCAUCACCACCACCGAGCGCGAGAACUUGUUCCAGGCCAUGGCCGAGGUGCCGAAUUGGGGCCGCGCGCUCGACGUCACGGAUGUGGAUGUCAAGGACCUGCUAGAGACGGGGCGGCUGGUCGUAGAGAGGGAGGCGCUGAAGGAGAUGAUUGAGUCGCAUCAGAGCGAUCUCGUCACGAAGGUUUUCGUGGGGACUGCGGCACCGAGGACGCCGGAGAGUGGUAUGGUGUUGGUAGAAUAGACAUGAAUAUCUAUUCUCGGACAUUUAAGAACACUACUGCGCCUGUGUAUCUGGCUGUACAUUAUACGAAGGCUUUGCAGGGCGUCUGUAACUACCUACCUACAUAACCAAGGUAAACUUAGUGAACAAACAUGAACCGUACGCUAAGAAAUUUACAACCAACGGACAGGUUCUAUCGAACUGAUGAAGUAAUAUAGCUCCAGAACUACAUAUGUUCUGACUAUUGAUGCAUGUACUAUUAGUUAUCCA